GAUGAAAAAGAGACGCGACUAGAUCUUCAAAUGGGCCACCAGGGUCUCGAGGCCUGCAUCGUUCUCUUUCCGUAAUACUUCCAAACUUCCUUUCUGUGGGUCGCAUCGCCGUGCCAAGGUCAAACUCCCAUGGUAAGAUGGACAAUUUCCUGCCGUCACCCAUACAAUCAAUUAUUCCUUUUCCAGUCGCCCUCGUACAGUAGCACUCCAUGUUCUGUACAUAUCGGUGUCCAUUUCCAUGUUCAAGGUCUCCUUGCUCGGUCGAUAUGGAUAUGGCACACGACCCACCGCCACUUGCCGUCAUUUGCCUAGGUCCUUCUUACUCCGGGUCCCUAACCAUUUGCUAUAUACCUCAGCUGCUUCCCACAUCGUGAGUCUCGAUUGAUUGUUUGAAAUUACCUGCCUUUACUUCAUUGUUCGUCAUAUCCUGCCCUCUCUCCUCACUCUAGCCAAAACAAUUCCAAGAGCUCGUCAACAAACAAACCUUUCGAGAGAGAAAAAAAAAGUAUAUAUACUCUCAGUGAAUUCCAUUUUAUUGUUGCUAUAACUACGUUUUUCAAUACAUGACAUCACUCUUCACCUUGACCUUGACUUCCUCCCAUUUAAUUCGGCAAUCAAAUUGGCUUUGACGUUACCGGCCUUUCUUAUACCAUCUACAGAGAAUACCCCGCCACGCUUCAACAAAGAACCUCUAUCCAUCAUGUUAUCAUAUGAGAAUCGCUCCUCGAACAUGGCUCAACCAACGCCAGCCAUGCCGGAUCAUUUGCCCAUGUCAACUUCGUCGUCUUCGAAUUCAUUGACAAAUGGCCAAUCCAGACAGCCUAAGACAGGCCAUUCUCACAUCUGGUUGAUUACCGGUCCUGCUGGAUGUGGCAAAAGCACAGUAGCUCAAUAUGUCGCCAAAGCUAUGAACUUGCCAUAUAUUGAAGGAGAUGAGUACCACCCACAAUCAAACAUUGAUAAAAUGGCCCAAGGCAUACCCCUCAACGAUGCCGACCGUUGGGACUGGCUCACCAAACUCCGCGACGAAUCUGUUAAAAGUCUCAACGCCGGUUCGCAAGGCGUUGUCCUCACCUGCUCGGCCCUGAAGCGCAAAUAUCGCGACGUCAUCCGUGUAGCCUCCUACUACGACCACAAUGUUCUCGUUCACUUCGUAUACCUGCAUGCUAGUGAGGAAACAUUGCUCGCGAGAGUCGGUGCUCGACAGGGCCAUUUUAUGGGUGCGAAUAUGGUUCACAGUCAAUUUGGCAUUCUCGAACCGCCUACAAAAGAUGAGACAGAUGUGAUCCAGGUAGAUGUUAGCGGAUCGUUAGAAGAAGUCGAGCGAGAAGCGUUGGCGAAGAUUCAAACGGCAAUAAAGAAAGAAUUGGCUAUAGAUUCAUGAUCUUCAUACAUUUACAACAUUGCAAUGUAGAAGAUACUCGCAGUGGAGGGAUAGAGACUUCAUUUUCAUUUCAAUUACAAUACGGCGCUCGGUGACCAAUUGGCGGACUAGAUAUCCUUCAUCAUUCAUCUACGGUUUUAGCAAUCACGGAUACCUUCUCGGCUACACGAUUCGGAGUUGCUAAUAAGGGUAUUUGUUUCUUAUUUCUUACGUCUACAUUCAUAUUUCGCAUACGGAUCUCGGUGGGGCUAGCAAAAAAGGAUUUGGCGUAUUUUCUUCUAGCUUUAGCUAGACAUGGGUUCUACUACGUUGUUCAUACGCAUGAUUUUUUUUUAAUGGGUGGGGUUCACGUUAUGACCAGUUGCAAGAUGAGAAGAUGAGAGAGAUUAGUCUGCAAGAAACGAAGCGAAAAUGGAAGAAGGUGAAGGAAAUAUAUGGCUGGGCAAGUACGCAAUUAGAUUAAUUAAGAGAGAGUAUCACGCA